AUUUAAGGACCCGCUGCGCAUCUCCCGUUGCUGAUCUUCUCUUCCUCAUAUAUACUACUGUCUACUAUAUGCUAUCCAAAUAGUAUCUGGUAGUAUCAACACACCAUGGCUUCCGCUACGGGCAUUCCCCAAGAACAUCCCGACACUAUUCAAGAGCAGGAAGAUGCGCCCCUGCUGCAUACCCCGGGAAAUGUUCCCCAGGAAAAAAGCGCUGCUAUCUAUCAAAAUCUCUUUACGGGCACAGCCAGUGCAGCUCAAGUUGGCAUCUGGAUGCUGGCCAUCCUCGUCUGGACGGGAAUCUUAUCUCAUCCCUUGAUCUUCUUUUCCGCUCAUCCCCUCCUCAACUCCGCUGCCCUCCUGCUUCAAGUCCAAGCCACUCUCAUCCUUCAACCCACCACCACACCUCACCAAAAGCGCCUCGGAACCGUCAUCCAUUACAUCAUCCAAACCCUCAGUCUCCUCGGCUUCAUCACCGCUUUCAUCAUUAUCGAGAUCAACAAGGGCGAUCAUGCUCGCUUUACCUCCCCGCACGGCAUCCUAGGUCUCAUUACCUACAUCUUCAUCAUCCUGCAAGUCCUGGUAGGUGUUGUGCAAUAUUUCGUCCCCGUCCAGGUCCUCGGUAGUGUGGAGAAGGGCAAGAGCAUCUACAAGUACCAUCGCAAGUCAGGGUAUGUGCUGCUGCUCUUGGAACUGGCGACUGUCUCGGCGGCGACUCAGACUACUUACAAUCUGAACGUGCUAAGUAUUCCGCUGUGGGGAGUACUGGUGGCCUCGGUGUCGGUUGUCUUGGGAUUGGGAGCGAGGAUCAAGAAGCAUAAGUUGGGGUUGUAAGGGGACUGGCUAUGGCUCUCUGGGGGUCAUGAUGUUAUGGACCAUCAUGCCGUGGAAUGCUGUGACAGACUGUCCUGGUACUACCGUGGAAUAAAACACUCCAAGUAACUAGUAUAUAGUGGAGACUUAGUAUAGUACUCGUAGCGGUCAACAGGAGUAAUGGUAGUCUUGAUUAUGCACAUUG